GUGCGAAACAGGACCCAUAGCAAAACAGGGAGGAUGAUUUCACUUCCAGGACUCGAACCUGGUGCAUGCAUUAGAUACGAACUUGUGAGCACUGACCAAAGAAAGCGCUCAAAACAAAGUCACAGUGCAGAAAAAUCACAUUGUUUAAGGCCCUUUGCCCAAAGUCCACCACACAGAUCAGGAUGGAAUGAUUACUUCCGAAUCGAGAGGAGGGACUACGAGUGCACGGGAAGAAUAAGAAUCCGUAGUAAAACCUAGCUUCGCGUCGUUUUUGGCUCUUCUCCUUGGACCAGAUCUAAAGAAGAAAAAACCUGAUAGAAACGCCAUAUGUCACUCUCAGGAUUCGAACCUGGUGCAUUACGCAGAUCCAAUGGGCUACAACCCUGUCAAGUUCCACAGCGUAGUUCGUCGAAAAGAAGGGAAGAUCUCCAUCUCUGCUCUCGGCAACUGGGAGGAUGCACGUCCUGUCGGUCCAUUGUCGUUUAUCACGUUCACCUACUACUCCACUGCUGACAGCCAGGUGACGACAAUGGGGAUUCAACGUCCGUCUAGGUGUAUAGAGAGGUUAUGGACGAUGAGAGAGGUCCGUUGGGCAAUAGUAGUCUGCGGGUCACUAUGCUUCGAGUUGGCGAAGGAGGGGCGUGUCACCGAUACGCCAAACCCUGGGAUGCGAGGUGUCCAGUACAGCAAGGACAUGGGAGGUGCAGUGACGCGCCAACAGGUUGUAUACAGCAGAUAUUCGGCGCAUCACCUAGUAGGAAGAAAGAACGAACCGAGCCCUCCCUUCAUCACACAAGGAUCAUAUCUUCCUCAGUGCACCGAGAUGGGGGUGAGAGAGCAUCCCGCACCCCCGCAUCUCUUCACGACCAUCGGGACUCGAACCCUAGUCCAACGUAAGGUCGUACUCAGCGUGCUUACCGUUAUUUCGCCUCCAGGAGUCGAACCUGGUGUAUGGCAAUGGGAUACACGCUGGGCUAUGAGGGAUGGUGGUGUAAACAUCGAGGGAGGUGAGUUGGUAGUCGAGAAGGAGGGGCAUGUCACGGCCAAAGCGGGUAGGCAGGUCGUCGCCGAACCCUAG